CGUCACUGAAUCCGUCCCAUCACGGAAAUAUGGAGUAGUGACAGGAGAUGUUACGCUGCGUUUGUUAUGGCUUUAAAGCGGCACUUCGAGCUUUGAAUGUUCGUUUUUAGUGGCUGUCCGCAUGGAUUUAGCGAUGUUAAACGCCCGAGGUUAACUUACGAACAGUGGCUGGCAGGCGCUGGAAAUGGAAAGAGACUUCGACCUCUGUUUUUAGUUCAGUACCGUCAGUUGUUCGUUUAUUAAGAGCCAUGAAACAAAGUGUUUUAGGGGUCAUGGGGGCUGUGGGGCGCCUGAUCCUGUCUCUUCUCCUGCUGUCGUUGGAAGGCAAGCUGGUUCAGGUUGGUGGGGUCAGAUCAGUCACCCUUCCAGAGUCCCUCCUGUUUGUCUCCACUCUGGACGGUAGUCUGCAUGCUGUCUCCAAACAGACAGGAGACAUCAAAUGGACUUUAAGAGAAGACCCCAUUAUUCAAGUUCCUGUCUACCUCACAGAACCAGGUUUCCUCCCAGACCCCAAUGAUGGCAGUUUAUAUGUACUCGGUGGAAAGCACCAGGAAGGUUUGAUGAAACUGCCUUUUACCAUCCCUGAGCUGGUACAGGCAGCUCCCUGCAGGAGCUCUGAUGGGAUACUCUAUACAGGUAAAAAGCAGGAUGUGUGGUUUGUGGUGGAUCCUGAAACCGGUGAAAAGCAAACCAGUUUAACAACCUCCACCUCUGACUCCAUCUGUCCCAACAGUCCCCUGCUCUACAUUGGACGCACAGAAUAUGUUGUUACCAUGUUUGAUACGAAGACACAAGAGCUGCGAUGGAACGCCACAUACAACGAUUACUCUGCUCCGCCUUACGACGAGAAGCAAGACUACAAAAUGGCCCAUCUUGUUUCCAGUGGUGAUGGUCUUGUUGUGACAGUUGACAGAGAGUCAGGUGAUGUCCUUUGGAGUCAGAACUAUGGGUCGCCAGUGAUCGGCGUCUACCUGUACGCUGGAGACUCGCUGAGACACGCCCCCCACCUGUCCCUUGCAAUGGAAACACUGCGUUUUCUCACAUUCUCGUCUGCUGGCAACCAGGCAGAUGCACACUCCACUUUGAAGUGGAGCUAUCAGUUUGUGAAGGAGCAAGCCACUGCACAGACUCAGCUUGUGCCCACUCUCUAUGUGGGAAAGCUGGACUCCCACCUCUAUGCUUCGACUUCUCUUGUGCACCACGGAGUCUCAUUAGUGCCUCGGGGACUGACCCUGGCACGGAUCGACGGUCCACUGACGGCUGAGGUGACGGUCAGAGAGAGGGGGGAGUGUGAGAUCACACCAUCCACCGAUGUGCGCUAUCCUCCGGGGAGCAUAAACAGCCAGAAAAACCACUGGCUGCUUAUAGGUCACCAUGAGCUCCCCCCAGUAGCCCACACAACCAUGUUGAGAGAUUUUCCCACCACCCUGCAGCAUUCUGGUGAGGCGGUCAUCCCCCCUCGAUCUUCUGCCUCCACUGCCUCCCCGUUGUCCCCUGCCUCCCACUACCAUCAGCGCUAUUUUCAAACAUUAGCUGGCAGACAUAGUGACGCUAAGGCUAACCAAGGAGGGGCUGAUGGGAAGACAUCAGGACAGGAUCAGAGGUCAGCCACCGUGCUGCCUCUCUAUGUGACUCAGGACCGUCUGACUCUGGCUGUUGUGACUCUGCUGCUGGGAGGAUGGCUCGCCUUCAUGUUAACAUAUCCCAUCCGUGCAGCUCAGCAGUUGAAAGCUCAAAGACAGCUGGAGGAAGCCUUUGAGUCUCGUCUCCAGCGCAUGCAGACAAAUACGCAGGCACAAACCUUGGUUUCUUCAGACCCACCUCCUUCUACUGAUGCAAACAUCUCAAGCGACCCGUUGCCUGCAUCUACAGAAGCUCCACCUAGUCCUCACAGUCGCAGCAGCAGCAACACAUCGCAUGGAGAUAAAAAUGGCAAGAAUGGACACAAACCCACAGCAGAAGAAAACAGUGAGGAGGUGCACGUGGGUAAAAUCUGCUUCAGUCCCUCUGAGGUGCUCGGACACGGCUCUGCAGGAACAUUUGUCUUCAGGGGUAAAUUUGACGACCGCCUCGUUGCCGUGAAGCGAAUUCUGCCAGAGUGUUUCGAGGUGGCAGAGCGAGAGGUGCAGCUCCUGCGAGAGUCCGACACGCACCCCAACGUCAUCCGAUACUUCUGCACAGAGCGAGACCACCUCUUCACCUACAUCGCCAUCGAGUUGUGCACUGCAACUCUGCAACAGUAUGUGGAAGAUCCGUCCUCCUUUCCUGAGCUGAGUCCUAUAACUCUGCUGGAACAGACCAUGUGUGGCCUCUCACAUCUCCACUCACUCAAUAUAGUCCAUCGUGACCUGAAGCCUAGAAACAUCCUGCUUUCUGGGCCGAGCGCACUGGGUCGGGUCCGAGCUCUCAUCUCGGAUUUUGGGCUCUGUAAGAAGAUUCCCGACGGUCGGAGCAGCUUCUCUUUGCGUUCUGGAAUACCAGGAACUGAAGGGUGGAUAGCUCCUGAAGUGCUGCGAGACAACCCUGAAAAUAAACCGACAGCAGCCGUGGACGUGUUUUCAGCAGGCUGUGUGUUUUACUACGUAAUCAGCAGGGGGCAGCACCCCUUUGGCGAUGCACUGAGAAGACAGGUCAACAUCCUGUCAGGAGAGUAUUCGCUCUCACACUUUAUGGAGGAUUUACAUGAUGAUGUCAUCGCACAGGAUCUGAUAGAGCAGAUGAUCAGUGCUGAGGUGGAGUCACGCCCCUCCACCGCCUGCGUGCUCAAACAUCCGUUCUUCUGGAGCCCCGAGAAGCAGCUGCUAUUUUUCCAGGAUGUGAGUGACCGCAUAGAGAAGGAGCCUGCGGACAGUCCAGUUGUUGUCAGAUUAGAAACUGCAGGAAGAUUAGUCGUCCGAACCAACUGGAGGAUGCACAUCUCCGUGCCUCUGCAGACAGACUUGAGGCGGUUCAGGACCUAUAAAGGAAACUCAGUGAGAGACCUGCUGAGAGCCAUGAGGAAUAAGAAGCAUCACUACCACGAGCUCCCACCAGAGGUGCAGGAGACUCUUGGUGAGCUGCCCGAAGGCUUCGUCGGGUACUUCACAUCACGGUUUCCACGGUUACUGAUGCACACACACGCUGCGCUGCAAAUCUGUGCCCAUGAAAGACUGUUUCACCCUUACUACCUACCCCCCAAUGCCAAAUAGCUUUCACAAGGCUAUGCACUCCACAUUUCAUGUGCAGGGCCAAGUAAAAGAAAUCCCUGACUGUACCCUGUUAUUGCUUUUGUAAAGCCUGUGCUGUUCUUCAGGGGAAGUUGCAGCUGCUCUGAAAAUAUUUUUAUAGAACUUGGGGUUGUUUUAUAGAUUAAUUUUAUUGUAUUUUUUAUUUCUUCCCUACUUAAAGAAUGUAUAUAUUUGUAUUAAUAAUAGGAUAUGUUUUUAAACUAGAUCUCAGUCAAAUUACUUUUUUUUUUUUUUUUUAUUUUAAAAGAGAAUUGACUGGUCAUAAGGUGCUGUGUUUAUUUGUGUAGAAAAUAACCUGCCCUUGAGCAAGUACAUUGUGUAGCACAAGUUAAAAUCAAAGGUGAAAACACAGUGAUGGCCGCUUUUAUUGAACUGAAACCAAAUGAAGUAAAAUUAUGAUAAGUUAUAUUAACUACUGAAAAUAGCCUCUCUGACAGUGGGGAUAGUUUUACAGGUUGACAGAAUCAUGUAGACUGAUGCAUAAUAACUCUGACAUGAUUAAAGAGUGUGCUGAAGAACUGCA